UACCGCACGCCAAAGACCACUAGAGGCCGCGCACGACAGUAUGGUCGGUGAGAGCGAGCUGGGCGUGUGAAGUGCACCACAUCGUCAGGACAAAUGUGUGUUUUCUCGAAGCAAUGCGUCCAUCAAUUGUACAAAACAGGUGAAUAACUCGGUAAAACAGAAAAAAAGACGCAUUUGACACAAGGAGGCAUCACCAUUCUGAGAGGGUGAGACCGGAACGUACGAGCAGCGCGGAUACGACGACACACUAGUCAUUCGCCAAUUCCACAUCGGCUGAUCCGAGUAAGUGGAUUACGCAACGGGGAAGUUCACUGUUGCACCGAAGCGACAAUGGCACUUUCUCUGCGCAUCAACAUUGUCGAGAACAACGUUACGAAAACAAUUAUUUUCGAGUCAUCUGCCACUGUUUUCGAUGCGUGCAGCAUUAUUAGAGACAAAUGUAACGAAUAUGAUUUGGGGAAAGCAAACGAGUAUGGCUUGUUCUUGACAGCCGAUGAUAAUAAAAUCGGCGUUUGGCUUGAACCCAGUCGCAGUCUUGAAUAUUAUAUGCUAAGCAAUGGCGAUGUUUUGGAAUAUACCCGCAAAAUGCGCACUCUGCGUGUCAAAAUGUUGGACGAUUCCGUCAAGACCAUCUUAGUAGAUGACUCGCAAAUUGUUGCAAACUUGAUGGUAGUAAUCUGCGCGAAGAUCGGCAUCACUAAUCACGACGAGUAUUCGUUGGUCUUUGAUGAGGAAGAUAAUAUGGAAGUCUUGGACACUCGUAAUUAUGGCACGCUUACACUUCGCCGCAAGAAAGAAGAGCGCGAUAAAGAUGACAAGAUGGAAAAACUACGCAAGACUAUUAAAACGGACGACGAAGUCAACUGGUUAGAUACCUCGAAGACUCUGCGCGAGCAAGGCAUUGAUGAACAUGUCACUGUUUUAUUUCGUCGCAAGUUUUUCUUCUCCGAUCAAAAUAUCGAUUCUCGGGACCCCGUUCAAUUGAAUCUUCUAUAUGUACAAGCAAAGAACGCCAUCGUUGACGGUACUCAUCCGGUCACUGCUGACAAAGCCGUUGAGUUUGCGGGUAUUCAAUGCCAGAUUCAUUUUGGCAAUUUCAAUGUAGCCAAACACAAGCCUGGACUUCUAGAUUUGAAAGAAUUCCUUCCACAAAGCUUUAUCAAGAAGGGAGUCGAAAGAAAAAUUUUCCAGGAACACGCAAAACAUAACGGUUUGUCUGACCUGGACGCAAAAGUCUUGUACACGAAACUAGCACGCUCACUGAAAACCUACGGCGUCACUUUCUUCCUGGUAAAAGAAAAGAUGAAGGGCAAGAAUAAGUUGGUGCCGAGAUUGUUGGGCGUAACUAAGGAUUCCGUCUUGCGACUUGAUGAACACACCAAGGAAAUGCUGCAGUGCUGGCCGCUUACGACCGUCAAACGUUGGGGUGCUAGUCCGAGCACGUUCACACUGGACUUUGGCGAUUAUUCAGAUCAAUACUUCUCGGUGCAGACGACCGAAGCCGAACAAAUCCAGCAAUUGAUUGCUGGGUAUAUUGAUAUCAUCCUCAAGAAGAAGCAAGCUAAAGAUCAUCAGGGUAUUGAUGGCGAGGAAGGCUCCACUAUGAUUGAAGACAGUGUAUCACCACAUAAGGCGACAAUCUUGCAACACGAAACGCAUAAGACUAGUAAAGUUAACGAGUUGUCAUUGGCUAAACCGGCUGUAAUGCGACCAAUGGAGGGUAUGAAACCGUACGGUAUGGGUCAUGUGGGUAACGCACAACAAACGAUUGUUAGCGGCAGUGCAAACAAGGCGCACGCCCCGGUUCCGAUUCAACAAACGAAGGUUACGAAUGUUAUGUCCGAACCGCAACGAGCGCUUCUCUCAACGAUCGAAACAACGCAAACGAAAAUCGAAGAGUCCGUCAUCGAGCUUGAAACAAAAGCGCAAUUUCCCGAGCUUGGCACCGAUAAACAAGCGAAGAAAUGGAAGCAAGUUACGCUAGACACACGAAAACAGAACGUCGGAUCGCAGAUCGCAGCUAUGAAUGCCGCUACUGCUCAGGUGGUUACUUUAACAUCGGGUCCAAGCGAUGAAAUCGAUCAUACCGCUGUUGGUGCGGCAAUUAAUACUAUCGGCUCUAAUUUGCCUGAAAUGACCAAAGAUGUGCGAGUUAUCGCAGCGCUCAUGGACGAUUCAAAUAUGGGCGAUAAAUUGCUGGAUGCAACUCGCAAAUUGGUUAAUGCAUUCAGCGAUUUGUUACGUGCCGCUGAGCCGGAAUCAAAGGUCCCAAGACAAGGCCUUCUUACUGCGGCAUCUCGUGUUGGUGAAUCGGCAAGUCAGGUACUGGCUACGUUUGGUGACGAAACGGUCGAAAGCAGGGAGGUGCAAGAUACGCUAAUGGCUUUGGCCAAAGCGAUGGCACAUACCACCGCCGCGUUAAUCCUGAGCGCAAAAAAUAUUGCGCACACUUGUGAAGAUCAGCAAGUUCAGAAUAGAGUUAUCGGCGCAGCGACUCAGUGCGCUUUAGCUACAUCGCAACUUGUGGCUUGCGCUCAGGUUGUUGCACCAACCAUUCAUUCACCGGCUUGUCAAGAACAACUAACGACUGCAGUUCGUGAGGUUUCCAAAGCAGUGGAAAACUUGGUAGGCAUUUGUAACGAUAGUUGUGGAAACUCUGAUCUUUUGAAUAAACUACACGAUGCUGCAGCUGAUGUUACGCGCACUUUGAAUGAUCUAUUGAAUCAUAUUAAACUUGCUGGUCAUCACAAGGCGAAGGAGUCCAUCCAGGAGAGCAGCGUUGAAAAGAUUUACGCGACUACCGAUAAGUUGACGGCAGCAUCGUCUUCUAACGAGAUGGUUAAACAAGCUCGUAUUCUUGGCGCAGCGACUGCGCAACUUAUUGAAAGCAUUAAGACGGACGCUGAAAAGCAACCUGAUAAUUCCGAUGUGCAAAAGCGACUCUUAGCGGCGGCAAAAACCUUGGCUGAUGCAACAGCACGAAUGGUAGAAGCAGCACGCCAAUGUGCUAGUCAUCCGCAGGACAUAUCAUACCAAGACACAUUGCGAGCAAGCGCUGAAUAUUUGCGAGAUGUUACAACUGUUGCGACUUCUACUCCUGCUUUGAGAGCGAAGUUAGUAGAACGCGUUAAUCACGCGGCGCGUCGCGCUGUUUCUACUGCAACGCAAUGUAUUCAAGUUGCGCAGGCCAGUUAUUCGUUCAAUAGCAACCAAAGGACCCAGGAGGAUCUUAUGGCAGAUGCGCAGGAACUUGUUGAGACCAUACCGCCGUUUGUCGAUUCGAUUAAAAUCUCAAGCGAAGAUCCGCAAGAUACUAACAAUCAGGUACAGCUAAUGUACGUAGCUGAGGUGUUCCUGCAUCCGGCCACCAACUUUGUGCAAUCCUCGCGGUCGGUAAUCCCAACGCUCACCGAUCUGCACGUAUCGCAACAGUUGAGCACCACCACGCAGCAAUUCGACUCGGAUAUCAUUGAACUGCGCACAGCGAUGAGUCGCGCGCAGCCAGUUUGCCAGGGUUUGGGUCUUAACGCGGCCUCGCAGAUUAUCGAAGAUCUAAAAGACGAAUUGCGCGAGUUUGAGCGCGCGCUGGAGAACUUUGCGAUUAAGCCACUGCCGGGCGAUAGCACCGAGAAGGGCGCUUCAAAAUUGGUCGCUAGCGUCAAGUUAGUUAAUCAGAGCGUCUCGCAACUGCUCACCGCCACCUCACAGGGCAAUGAGGCGUACACAGCGCAAGCGGCCAGAGACACUGCACAAAACCUGCGCCAUUUAACCGGCGCUGUGCGCAUGAUUGCUGCUACCAUCGACGAUAAAGAAGCUCAACGCGAUCUGGUGAACGCCGGGCAAGAAGUCGUGGGAAAUUCUGCUAUGUUGGUCGAUGAAGCGCGCCGCGCCAUUAGUGGCAAUGAAGGCGUAACUGUUAACAUGCAAGCUGCCGCCAGGGAAGUAACUAAAUCUUUGGAGAAAACUUUGGCGUGUCUUCCAGGUCAACGUGAUGUUGAUGUUGCGAUAACUUGCAUUAAAGAAUGGUCUCACACGAUCAACAGUAAUAAAUUCCCGGCCACGCAAAAAAGUUACGGAGAGUUACAAAAAGAUUUGGGCACCGCCGCAAAUAAUCUAAACGCAGCUAGCUCGGACGUGGUGAACACCGCCAGAAAUCCUUCGCAAUUGGCAUCCAGUAGUAAGGAUUUCAGCUCGGCAUAUCAUGAAUUGCUACAGGUAUCUAUGGAACUUGCUGGACAGACACAAGAUAAUCAAACCCGUGGACAGAUGGUUCAUUCAUUAACCACUGUAUCGCAAUCGUCUAGCGAAUUGUUAACUAUUGCUAAACAAUUCUCUGUCGAUCCGAACAUGCCAAACGGCAGGAACCAGCUUGCAGAUGCUGCUCGUUUUGUCACCGAGAGCAUCAAUAGUCUACUAGCUGUUUAUACUAGUGCAACACCAGGACAAGCAGAAUGCGAUAACGCGAUGCGUAACAUUCAGGCAAUGAAACCGAUUCUAGACAAUCCCACCGAACCAAUCAAUGAAUGGACUUACUAUGAAUGUCUAGAUACAGUCACUGAACGUAGCAAAGUUCUCGGGGAAGCUCUCCAAGGAAUUGCAUCCAGUGCAAAGACCGCAGAUCACGAUAAAUUCAGCCAAAACGUGAAAACAGUCAGCGGAACAAUUUGCUGUUUGAUUGAAGCUGCGGCACAAGCGGCUUACUUGGUUGGCGUAUCAGAUAGUUCAUCAGUGGCAGGAAAACCAGGUUUGGUAGAUCAAGCACAGUUUGCUCGCGCCUCGCAGGCCAUUCAUAAGGGUUGCUCUGUACUGACCUCGUUUUCGAGUGUGCAGCAGGAAGUUCUGUCAGCGGCUACUGUAAUAGCCAGACACACAAGCGCCUUGUGUAAUGCUUGUCGCACAGCGAGCUCAAAAACAACUAACCCUGUUGCAAAGCGCCGUUUUGUGCAGAGCGCACGUGACGUGGCUAACUCGACCUCUGAUUUGGUGAAAGCCAUUAAAGCUCUGGACAAUAACUAUUCGGAGGACAAUCGACGUCAAUGCCGUGAAGCUACUAAGCCUUUACUUGAGGCCGUUGAUAGUUUAUACGUUUACGCCAACUCAAGUGAAUUUGUAAGUGUACCAGCCAAGAUUUCAGCCCAAGCUCGCCAAGCGCAGGAACCAGUUUUGCAAGCCGGCAGACGCCUGAUCGAUACUUCAUGCUCGGUGGUUAACACCUCAAAGAAUUUGGUUCUCAUGUCGAAAGAUCCAAGUACUUGGCAGUCAUUUGCCACCAACUCAAAGGGCUUUUCCGAUUCGAUGAUAAAGUUGGCAUCUAGCAUCCGCGACAAAGCUCCCGGACAAGCCGAUUGCGACCAAGCUGAGCAAGUGCUGGCUCAGCACUUGAAAUCUAUUGACACUGCCUAUAUGGAUGUGUGCACUCAAACUUUUGCACCUCGUAGGGGCGUAACUCUGCCAGCGUACAAUCAACAGGUUGGGCGUUCAGCGGCUGAGUUGGCCGACGUCGUGGAUAGCAUUCGACACGCUGCCAAAUUUGAGGCAGAACAUUUGGGCCAUGGCAUUCAUCAAAUGGUACAGUAUUUCGAGCCGUUAAUUCAGGGUGGUAUUGGCGCUGCUUCUAACUUGAACAAUUCCAAGCAACAAGAAGUAUUGCUUAAUCAGUUGAAAAGUGUGACUGAAUCAGCGCUGCAGUUGGUUUACACCGCUAAAGAUUGCGGUGGUAAUCCGAAAGCUGUUAAAUUACAUCCAGAAGUUGAUGAAGCUGUUAAUAUUGUUAAGGAAUGCUUGAGUGAACUUGGAUCUAAUGUAGAGACACUGUCGAUGCAAAGCGGGAUCGUUCAAGGCGUGGUUGAGACGAUUUUCAAGUCGAUGAGCAAGUUGACCGAUAAUCGCGCAUCGUUGAUUUUGACUGAUGGUGAUACAUCAUAUGCUGACUUCCAUACUAGAAUGGUACAAUGCGCUAGAGAUAUUGCUAAAAUCUCGGGAGAUAUGGCCACAAAAGCUUCAACUGACCCGGCUAGUCUCGGACAGUUGUCAAUUGAUUUACAACAUAAAUAUGCCCAAUUAGCUAAUGAUUGCAUUGGUGCAUCGGCUGCUUCGACAAAUAUUGAAGUUUCAAUGAAACUGAGAGAAGCAGUUCAAGCUUUGGGAGGUGCAUGCGUUGAAUUAACUCGUAGUAGUGGGGAAUGUCAAGUUCGAGCUGAUGAAAUGGCUUUACGAGAUAUUGGGGAUGCAUCAAGAAAUGUCGCCGAAAAGGUAGCACGUGUUCUUGCUACUUUACAAUCUGGUUCACGUGGAACGCAAGCAUGCAUUAAUGCUGCUUCAACAGUUUCUGGUAUUAUCGGAGAUCUUGAUACCACAAUCAUGUUUGCCACUGCUGGUAAUCUGAAUCCUGAAAAUGAAGGAGAAUCUUUUGCUGAUCAUAGAGAGAAUAUUCUGAAAACUGCGAAGGCUUUGGUUGAAGAUACGAAAACUCUUGUAGCUGGCGCCGCGUCCAGUCAAGAACAACUCGCUGUAGCUGCACAGAAUGCUGUUACAACUAUUGUUCAACUAGCAGAAGUGGUUAAGUUUGGAGCUGCCAGUCUCGGGGUUGACAAUCCCGACUCGCAGGUGAUGCUUAUAAAUGCAGUUAAAGAUGUUGCCAGCGCAUUGGGUGAUUUGAUUCAAGCUACCAAGGCUGCAAGCGGCAAACCAGUCAACGAUCCAGCCAUGUCGCAUUUGAAGGACAGCGCAAAGGUAAUGGUAACUAACGUAACAUCGUUAUUGAAGACUGUGAAAGCUGUCGAAGACGAACAUACCAGGGGGACGCGUGCGUUAGAGGCAACCGUAGAAGCGAUUGGUCAGGAAAUGCGUCAACUUCGUGCAUUGGAAGGCUGUAAGCCUAACGUCAGUCCUGAAGAUAUAAUUAGAAUCACCAAAGAAAUCACUAGAGCGACUGGAAAAUCAGUGUCAGCUGGUAUAAGCAACAAACAGGACGACAUCAUCGCUGCUGCGAAUGUCUCUAGACGGGUUAUUAGUGAGAUGUUGAUUAUUAGUAAAUCCGCUUCGGAAUAUUUAGCCGAAACUUUAGAUUUGAAGACGAGAACUUUAGAAGCGGGAGAAGAUUGUGCCAAACAAUACAGAGAGUUAUUACUUGCCAUUUUGCAAGGAAACUCGGCUGAUGCCAAACACACGUUGCCUUUAAUUUCGAGGAAUAUUGCAAGAUCAUGCACGGAGCUUGUUGCCGUUGCCAACUUAUUGAAGGGAUCCGAUUGGGUUGAUCCGGAAGAUCCCACCGUCAUUGCUGAGAAUGAGUUGCUUGGAGCAGCUGCUUCAAUUGAUGCAGCCGCAAGAAAGCUUGCUCAACUUCGACCACGUAAAACAAUCAAGAAUAAUGAACUUGAUGAAACUUUAAACUUUGAUGAAAUGAUUCUGGAAGCUGCCAAAUCUAUCACCGCCGCAACUUCUGCAUUAGUGAAAGCAGCCAGUGCCGCGCAACGUGAAUUGAUUGAUCAUGGAAAAAUAAGCAGCACCCCAUUGUCUUCUUCAGACGAUGGUCAAUGGUCCGAAGGUCUUAUUUCGGCAGCACGUUUAGUAGCUGCAGCCACGCACAGCUUGGUAGAGAGUGCCAACGGUUUAGUGCUAGGUCACUCCAGCGAAGAAAAAUUGAUUUCUUCUGCAAAACAAGUGGCUAGCUCUACGGCACAAUUAUUAGUUGCGUGCAAGGUGAAAGCGGAAGGCGAUACCGAAGCAACGCGACGUUUGCAGCAGGCAGGUAACGCCGUUAUCAGGAGUACCGAUAAUCUGGUGGCGGCUGCUCGUCAGGCCAUAAGUAGUGAGGAGGAACGCUCGCUUGUAUUGAACAAAAAGAUGGUGGGUGGGCUGGCGCAAGAACUUGACGCGCAAGCCAAUGUGCUACGGGCUGAGCGCGAAUUGGACGAAGCUAGAGGCAUGCUAUUCGCCAUACGACAGGCGAAAUAUAAAAUGAAAGGGGGAGACACUUCUGGGGAUGAAACAGAUGGCAAUAUUAGCGGAUACGAUGGAACGUCGUCUUUGCGUUUCGAGGGCCCAAGUAACAAUCAAUAUGCACCACAACAGAUAUAUGACGGAGGCUACGGCUACAUUCAAAACAUCGACCGUACGAAUACGAAUUCACUGCGAAAACCAACGACGAUUAAUUUACUACCAGAAAUUAAACCAUCACAAUUUGCUAACAAUUAUAUUAAUAAUAAUACGAGCAGCACUGCUUUCCGACCGCAACAGCAAUUGCCAACAUCACCAAAAUAUCCUACAUCUUUGCCAUUGCCUAUCUAUCAGUCCGCCAGCCCUGUGAGCCCGACAUAUUCUACGCGUCAGCAAUACCCUGCGAGCUCUCCGAGCGUGGACAGUGUACCGAAGUAUUCAGUCACUUCACCUACUAUCGAUGGUUCACAGAAAAUUUUGUCUCCUUCGUACGAAGCUGUGAAACAAUAUCCUGCAACAUCGCCAAGUUAUGAGUCUAGGACCUUUAGUCCUACAUCAGGAAAAUCCUUCCAAGGAUCUCCAGUCAUCAGUCCCACGUCGACGAAAAGCGAAACAUUCAACCGCGAUAAUGCUAAUAUUUACGGUCAAAUCGAUAAAUCUUUCAACACUUUUGGUAAACCUGUGGGUGUCGGUGUAAGUGGAGAUUAUCCCGCGCCUGAAGGUUCCUACAUGCAGAGCGAAGCCAGCACAAAUACGUACAAGAUACCUGGCGGGUAUAAAACAGUUUCGAAUAAAUUCGAAAGCAUGCAACAGUCUUCUGGUCCUAUGUCUUAUACUGCAUCUGAAAAGUUUUACACGCAACAACCAACUCUUGAAUUCUACAAGAACGGUGCAAACUAUCAAACGUCAUCUUUUCAACAAAGCUCUUCUCAGCUUUCAGGCGAACCGAUCAGUCUAGGCCAGCAGAAGAUAACAAAGUCUACGACCCAACAAGUAACCGAACGCAAAACCGUGCAAACAAUGCGCAGCACAAAGCAAGAAUCGUCCUCGAAAACGUUUCGCUUGGAGAAAUAAAUUAGUUAGUAUGUAGAAACAUACGAUCCUUAACAAGCUGUAAUGGUGCUAAUUGCAACGCUUUUUAUUCAAUUAUUGAACCCUAACCAAAAACACGUGUAUUAUAUAUUUUUUUGUGCCAAUUUUACUUACAAAACUUUUUGGACGUAUUAAUUUAUUAAGUUUUUAAAGAAUUUAUGAUAUAUAUAUAUAUACUAGUGCCUCUUUAAUAAUAUACACUUAACUAUGUGUCUAUGUUUACACACACAUAAAUAUCGUGCCUAUAUUGUAUUCAUAAGGAAAGUUCAUUAUCUUUAUAAAGAAUAAUAUUUAUAGAUAUAUUUGUCUAUUAACAAACAUUAAUUCAUAGUGCAAGCAAAAUAUAAUAAAGGAAAACAUUAAAACAAA